AUGGCCGACACUAUCAAGGCCCUACCAACUCCGCCCCCGCAGUCAAGCAAGAACAAGAACGAGAAACGAGUCCUACGCGCCAAGGAGCGAAUAUGUGCAGCAGCCGGCUUCGAGCCGUCGGAACUCUUUGGCAAGCAUGCUCCUCGGUCCUGGGGACAGAGCCUGAUCGAGAACCUCGCCCAGAUUAUCCAGCUGGCCAGCAGUGGAAAGGCUGGCAUUACAGUACAACAAGUAGUCGCUCGAAUCAAAGAAGAGGCGAGCCGUGACCCGACGGGGUUGAUUACAAACAAUAUUGUCAAUAAAGUCAAGGCGGAGAUCCAUGCGAAGUCACAGGAAUGUGUGCUGCAAGACGAGGAGGAUGGGAUGGAAGAAUCUGACCAGGAUGCGCCCAUGACCUCGUCGCCAUCCAAGGAUCGACCUCUCAAAAGACGCCGCAAGAAUCUUGCGACCGAACCCAAGCCCCCAGCUGCAGGUACAGAGGACACAGGUGAUGAUGAAGGCGAACAAGGUUCUCGAGCCAUCAGCUCGUCAAUCGCCGAAGCAAAAGGCCCCCUACCGAUCGAGGAAUACCGCAAGCGCAUUGCUGCACACCAACGCCGCCUCGAGCUGUUCAAAACCGACCGCGACGCGGCACAAUCGCGAAUCGACCAAACGGAUACACUUAACAACGCUCUCCGAGAUGCCACAACAAUCCACCACAGCGCCCGCCUGAGUGCCCAAGAGUCCGAGGCCGCGCUCGCCGAGCUCGAGGCGCUGGUCGCAAACCAUGGAGACAUCCUCCCAGCCUCAGUCCGAAACAGCAUCCCCGAAGCGAAACAGACAUUAAACGAGGCGAAGCGCAAAGCUGAAGAAGCAGAACUUGUCAUGACAGCGGCUCAAAAGAAGGUAGAUGACCAGACGGAACAGGAACCAGCGCUCCAGGAUACAGUUGUGCUAAUGCAGGAGGCUGUUGCGGGCUGUGUGGACGACAUUGACAAAGAGCAAAAGGACAUGGAUGCGGCGUUGUGCAUGCUGAGUAUGCAGCGUUUAAGCUGGGAGGUCUUGAGGGCAAAGCCGGUGGAGCAGGUGAAUGACUUGCGGUCGCUGAUUAAUGACAUUUUGGCGUCUGGGGAAUAA